AUAAAACUCGUGUACCUCAGUCCGCCGCGGGUUUGAAAGAAUUCAGGUAGGCAGUAUUAUUACUACCAAAGCGGUAAACUUUCGAUUGCCUACAUCUUCCUCUCUCUCCUCCACCGCCUUCCCGCUCUACCCUCUAUAUACCCCUCUCCGAAUUCCUAAAUUCCCUAAAUAUCUCUUCAUUUUUAUCCCAUUCUCUCUCCUCUUUCAAUAUCUUAAUCAACCUUAGUCGUUAACAAUGGCGGAAGAAUCCAAGACCACCAUGGAGUCAGUCAGGUCAUGGGUCGUUCAACACAAGCUUCGUACCGUCGGGUGUUUAUGGCUGAGUGGGAUCACUGGAUCAAUCGCCUACAAUUGGUCUCGCCCUCAAAUGAAAACUAGCGUUAGGCUUAUUCACGCUAGGUUGCACGCUCAGGCCCUUACGCUGGCUGCCUUAGCUGGAGCUGCAACAGUUGAAUAUUAUGACCGUAAAAGUACAGAAACUAAGGAAGCUUCGUACGGGAACUUUGUUCCUUUAGAUAAUUCGCACAAGAAUUAAGUGGAGUAAAUCUUAUGUGAUCUUCAAACAAAUCUUCAAAAAGUGUACAUAUGGGGCGCUGAAUUUUUGCCCUUUGUGUACAUGUAGGAUGUUUUUGUUAUUAAUUUCUCUCUUUCCCCAAGUUAUAAUUUUGCAGAAUAUAUAAAUUCCUGGAAGCUGGUAGCCAGGCUCUGUAACAUGCCAUUGAUAAUGAUAACAAUAUAAUUUUGGUGAACGUUAAAA